GACAGCUCCUGUCCAAGGACCCCAAGCAGCGGCUCGGGUGUCAGGGUCGAGGGGCCGUAGAGGUCAAGCAGCACCCCAUCUUCAGAAACAUCAACUUCAAACGGCUGGAGGCCAACAUGCUGGACCCUCCCUUCAGCCCCGAUCCUCGAGCCGUGUACUGUAAAGACGUCCUGGACAUCGAGCAGUUUUCCACCGUCAAAGGCGUGAACCUUGACCCCACAGACGAUGACUUCUACCACAAGUUUGUCACAGGCAGCGUCUCCAUCCCGUGGCAGAACGAGAUGAUUGAGAUGGAGUGCUUCAAAGAAAUCAACGUCUACGAGACUGACGGGACGCUGUGCUCAGACCUGGACGUGAACCGGCCGAACCCUCCACCAAAGAGAGGCUUCUUCUACCGCCUGUUCAGAAGAGAGGCAAGUGCUAGUGCUCCGGCAACUGUCCGAGGGGGUGGGGGCUAAGGUACUUCUUCUCUUCUUUCCUUCCUUCCUUCCUUCAUUACUUCCUUCCUUCCUUUCCUCACACCCUAUGCCUUUCCCAAACCCAACAUGUGAAAACUCCAGUCCUGAACCUCUGUGAAUUGUGUUAUCUCCAGUUUAGUCCUUCUUAGUUUAAGUUUGUCUUCUUUCUCUUUCCAUAUUAUAUUCUGUAUUUGUUGCUAAGCCACUUUGUCAAAGAAGGUCAAACAGAACCUGGUUGGUGGUUGUGAGCAGAGACAAGAUCAUCAGUAAUCAGUAUUCAUUAACAUGUAUUUAUUUGGUAACAGGAGCUGCUAGGCUAACAGGUUACUUCCACCAACCUUCAUCCGUCCUUUAGGACAGAAACGUUUUAUUUUACAAUAGCGUUCUAUUUUA